ACAUUCCAGUUCAGAGGAAAAUGCACCACAUCUAAAGGUACAACAACGCGCCCGGCGUUGCUUUUGCAAUUUCAACCUUGCCCUUAUGUUUGCAGUGCCAUAUUAAUUCACUCGCUCACCAGUCUACUCGCAUUGUUCCAACAUAACCCGGAACAAUGGAGUACCUUACCCUACCAGGAGAAUCCUGCUACACGCAAGCAGAAACAGAAAAGCUUAAGAAGGCGAUUCUGGCACGAGGUGGUCCGAAAGUACUGAAUUUACAGGGCUGCUGGGUACAUUAUGUCCAUUUAGGACAGCGCGAUUCGGCUGUCCAAGAGAAAAUCAAGCAGCUCCUUCCAGAUACGACCUCUAGCCCAGACAUACUCGGAACUGCGAACACCGCACGAAGCCAAAUUUACUAUGUCACACCACGAAAUAUCUCUCCUUGGAGUUCCAAAGCUACCAGCAUUGCCCACGUCUGUGGAAUUAAGAACCAAGUCCGACGCAUCGAGCGAGGCCGUGCGAUAUCGAUUGAAUUUGAAGAACCUUUCCAAGGCGGAAACGAGAUAUUGUUCAGAGACGCGUUAUACGACAGGAUGACCGAGAACUUCGGCACAGACGAGCCGAGUCCAGGAAGGAUGUUCAUUGAGGGACAGCCAUAUCCCUUGGAACUCAUAGACUUGUUCGCGGAAGGGUCUACACCCCUGGAAAUAUUGAAGGCAUACAACACAAAACGAGGUCUGGCACUCGACGAGAACGAGAUGGAAUACCUCGUCCAGGCUUACAAGAAUCUCGGCAGACAGCCACAUGAUAUUGAGCUUUUUAUGUUUGCACAAGUCAAUUCCGAGCAUUGCAGACACAAGCAGUUCAACGCCGAUUGGAAUAUCGACGGCAUUGAUAUGGGCAAGGGCAAGAGUCUUUUCGACAUGAUCCGGAAUACGCAUAGAGAAAAUCCCCAGUUUACGGUUUCUGCAUAUUCUGACAAUGCCGCCGUAUUAGAAGGAGAAAUGGCUAGCUUCUGGGCCCCAGACUACUCAACGGGCAGCUGGAGACAGACGAAGGAAAAGGUUCAUUUCCUGGCCAAGGUCGAGACGCACAACCACCCAACUGCAAUCUCUCCAUUCCCCGGAGCAGCUACCGGAUCCGGUGGUGAAAUCAGAGAUGAGGGUGCGGUGGGGAGAGGGUCAACUCCGAAGGCCGGGCUCUGUGGAUUCUGGGUUUCGGAUCUUUUAUUACCAGACCACUCUGAGUCUCACCCGUGGGAGAUAGAUAUUGGAAAGCCAGCACACUACGCAAGCAGUCUAGAUAUUAUGCUUGAAGCGCCCAUCGGAAGUGCUAGGUUUAACAACGAGUUUGGUCGUCCUUGUUUGACUGGAUGUUUCCGAACUCUGUUGGCUGAUGUCGACGCGGGAAGUGGUGGCCACGAGUUCCGGGGUUAUCACAAACCUGUCAUGAUUGCCGGAGGUGUGGGCACGGUUCGACCCGAGCAUGCGCUCAAGAGCGGAAGAGAUGUCAAAGAAGGAGCCCAUGUUAUUGUUCUAGGAGGUCCUGCAAUGCUGAUUGGACUUGGUGGCGGAGCUGCGUCAAGUAAUGCAUCAGGCGAGGGCUCUGUUGAGCUUGACUUUGACAGUGUGCAGAGAGGCAACCCUGAAAUGCAACGACGAGCACAGAUGGUCAUCAACGCCUGUGUGGCUCUUGGCGAGAACAACCCAAUCGCUUUCAUUCAUGAUGUAGGUGCAGGAGGGCUGUCAAAUGCCUUGCCCGAGCUCGUCAAGGACGCCGGGUUUGGUGGGAAGUUCGAGCUCAGACAAGUCGAGAACGCGGACCCGAGCAUGAGUCCUUUGCAAAUUUGGUGUUGUGAAGCGCAGGAAAGAUACGUGAUGCUCGUCAACAAGGAGGGUCUCAGUAGGUUUGUCAGCAUCGCAAACCGAGAGCGGUGCGGUUUCUCAGAUGUCGGAACUGCCGUUCCCAAAGACGAGAGCGGAGUUGCUAGACUUGUCUUAACGGACAGAGAGUCGGUCGAAUAUCCUCGGCCCAUCGAUUUGCCGAUGUCCGUAUUGUUUCCGGAGGGCAAAAAGCUGAGAAACAGUGUGAAGUCGAGGAAAUUAAAACUUAAACCGUUUGAUCCGGAAAAGGCUCUCGUCGAAAGCUAUCCCAAGAAAACAGAAGACGAAUCACUGAAGCAGGCUGUUAAACGGGUCUUCGCGUUGCCCGCAGUGGGUUCAAAAUCCUUCCUCAUCACCAUUGGAGACCGCACUGUUGGAGGUAUGACAGUUAGGGAUCAGAUGGUUGGCCCAUGGCAGACUCCAGUUGCAGAUGCCGCUGUCACAAUAACGGCGCUAAACAUAGGAGAUAAAAUCAAGACUGGAGAGGCUAUGAGCAUGGGUGAAAAGCCUACACUAGCUCUUAUUUCACCUGCGGCGUCAGCUAGAAUGGCAGUAGCUGAGAGUUUGAUGAACUUGGCCGCCGCACACGUCCUUGGGGACCUCCCCCGUGUUCGAUUAUCAGCCAACUGGAUGGCGUCGAUCAAAAGCGAAGGGGAGGGUGCCGCUUUGUAUGAAGCAGUCCACGCUAUAGGCAUGGAGUUGUGUCCCCAACUUGGUAUCAGUAUACCUGUUGGAAAAGAUUCAACCUCAAUGAAGGCUUCGUGGAAGGACCAGCAAAGUGGAGAGGCUCAGAGUGUUACAGCUCCUAUGACAGUUGUAAUUUCAGCAUUUGCUCCGGUUGCCAAUGUUCGGAACACUUGGACACCUGCUCUUCGAAGACUUGAAGAUGUUGGGGAAACUAUAUUGAUGUAUGUGGAUCUUGCUGAAGGCAAGCAAGCAUUAGGAGGCUCUGCACUUGCACAAGCAUUCGGACAGCUUGGAAACGAAGCACCAGAUGUUCGAGAUUCGGACCGCAUCAUUGACUACUAUGACGCCAUUGUCCAACUCCACGAGUCUAGAAUUGUUCUGGCUUAUCACGAUAUUUCAGAUGGUGGAAUGCUUACAACAAUCGCUGAAAUGAUGUUCGCCGGUCGUUGCGGUGCAGAGAUCAUGAUUGAUUCUGUUGCGAAGAGCUCCUCACUACCCCAUAUUCUCGCGGCCCUGUUCAACGAAGAACUGGGCGGAAUCUUCCAAGUUCGGAAGUCGGAUGAAAUCAACUUCAACCGGUGUUUUGCGACCUGCGGUCCACCCAAAGGGUUGAUCAAGAAGAUUGGUCGAAUACCCGCAGUAUCGAAGCAAGAGCUCGCCAUUCGCUAUGGACAGAAGGAAAUUUUGCGUAUGGGGCGCUCUGAGAUGCAACAGCACUGGUCACGGACGUCCUACCAAAUGCAGAGUAUUCGAGACAAUAUCGAGUGCGCCGAAGAGGAAUACGAAAGCAUCAAAGAUGACCGUAAUCCCGGACUGCACUAUAAGCUAACGUUUAACCCGAAGGAUACAAUUCUCCCAUUUGCAUCAUCCAUCACAUCUGUCUUCGCCAAGGCACCUCGUGUGGCGAUCCUCAGGGAACAGGGUGUCAACGGUUACGCCGAAAUGGCAUUUGCCUUCAAGGCAGCAGGCUUCGAUGCCAUUGAUGUCCACAUGACUGACAUUAUUGGAGGCCGCACUCUCGAAGACUUCGUCGGCAUUGCCGCUUGCGGCGGUUUCUCAUACGGUGACGUCCUCGGCGCCGGCCAAGGCUGGGCCAAAUCUAUCCUCAUGCACGAAGAGAAUGCCCGUCCUACGUUCCAGAACUUCUUCGCUCGCAAAGACACCUUCGCCCUAGGCGUCUGCAAUGGCUGCCAGAUGCUCACUCGAAUUGCGGAACUCAUCCCUGGCACAAACUACUGGCCUCUCUUCCUCGAGAAUAAGAGCGAGCAAUUUGAAGCAAGAGUCUCGAUGGUCAAGAUCGAGGAUAACAAUAAGCAUCCUUCCGUUUUCUUGCACGGAAUGCAUGGCUCCUCGCUCCCUAUCGCUGUCUCGCACGGCGAAGGUCGAGCAAGCUUCAAACAUACUCAGGACCUCGAGGCUAUGAAUGAGCAUAACUUGAUUCCCAUCCGAUACACUGAUAAUCACGACAAGGUGACGGAAAAGUAUCCGUUCAACCCGAACGGUAGUCCAGAGGGGAUUGCGGCCGUCAGGAGUCUCGAUGGGAGGGUGCUCGCUAUGAUGCCGCAUCCCGAGCGAACCAUCAUGGCGGAUGUUGGGAGCUAUGUUCCAAAGGAGAAGGCAGAUCAGUGGGGUGAGUUUGGGCCGUGGGUCAGGAUGUUUAGAAGUGCAAGACGGUGGGUUGGAUGAGAGAUUCUUCGGAUUAGGGAUGGAUUUUCGGGUGGGCUUUUUGCUAAAUGAUGGUGUUUAGAGUCUACUUGCAUUUAAAGAAGGAAUGAAAUAUUAGAUUAACAGGUUGAGGCCUUUUACUACUGGUUGUGACGGUGCCUGGAUCUUUCUGCUUGGCUAGUAUUCAAGCUAGUUCCAAUAUCAAUUAUCUGGAUGCCCUGAAUGUCAGAAAUCGGACUUGGGAUCAAUCUUGUUUAGAAGAUGGGGAGGGUGUCAAGAGCAAGUAGCGACCAUGAGAUGAAAUCGGGUUUUGAGUUCAAAAAUUUACGGGCAAAACGUUCAUUUAUGAUAAUAUAACUACUUUGAG